AUGUGCCUCAGUUCACUCAUGAGAGCUGCUGGGGGACUCGGCCUGACUCCCACCUGGGGUCUCAGGUGUGAGGAUAGCCCUCAGUGGAGAGUAUCUAGGGUCCCACACAAACACAGGUCGUAUCACCCGGACACAGGCUCUUCGGGGACUCGCCGAGCCCAGCGCCUCUGCCACACGGACCAACGCGGCUACCUGCUGACGCGGGACCCGCACCUCAACAAGGACUUGGCUUUCACUCUGGAAGAAAGACAGCAAUUGAACAUUCAUGGAUUGUUACCACCUAGCUUCAUCAGCCAGGACCUUCAGCUCCUUAGAGUAGUUAAAAAUUUUGAACGUCUGAACUCUGACUUUGACAGGUAUCUUCUCUUAAUGGAUCUUCAGGAUAGAAAUGAAAAGCUCUUUUAUAGAGUACUAAUGUCUGAUGUUGAAAAAUUCAUGCCUAUUGUUUAUACUCCCACUGUGGGUCUCGCUUGCCAACAAUAUAGUUUAGUGUUUCAGAAGCCAAGAGGUCUUUUUAUUAGUAUCCAUGAUCGAGGGCAUAUUGCUUCAGUUCUAAAUGCAUGGCCAGAAAAUGUUGUUAAGGCUAUUGUGGUAACUGAUGGAGAGCGUAUUCUUGGCUUGGGAGACCUUGGUUGUAAUGGAAUGGGCAUCCCUGUGGGUAAAUUGGCAUUAUAUACAGCAUGUGGAGGGGUGAAUCCUCAGCACUGUCUGCCUGUGACUCUGGAUGUGGGUACAGAAAAUGAGGAGUUACUUAAUGACCCAUUAUACAUUGGACUACGGCAGAGAAGGGUGAGAGGUCCAGAAUAUGAUGACUUUUUGGAUGAAUUCAUGGAGGCAGUUUCUUCCAAAUAUGGCAUGAAUUGCCUUGUUCAGUUUGAAGAUUUUGCCAAUGUGAAUGCAUUUCGUCUUCUCAACAAGUAUCGAAACCACUAUUGCACAUUUAAUGACGAUAUUCAAGGAACAGCAUCUGUUGCAGUUGCAGGUCUCCUUGCAGCUCUUCGAAUAACCAAGAACAAACUAUCUGAUCAAACAAUAUUAUUCCAAGGAGCUGGAGAGGCUGCCUUAGGGAUUGCACACCUGAUUGUUAUGGCCAUGGAGAAGGAAGGUCUGACCAAGGAGAAAGCAAUCAAAAAAAUCUGGUUGGUUGACUCAAAAGGAUUAAUAGUAAAGGGACGUGCAUCCUUAACACAAGAGAAAGAGAAGUUUGCCCAUGAACAUGAAGAAAUGAGGAACCUAGAAACCAUUGUUCAAGAGAUAAAACCAACUGCCCUCAUAGGAGUUGCUGCAAUUGGUGGUGCAUUCACAGAGCAAAUUCUCAGAGACAUGGCUGCCUUCAACGAACGACCUAUUAUUUUUGCUCUGAGUAAUCCAACCAGUAAAGCAGAAUGUUCAGCAGAGCAGUGCUAUAAAAUAACUCAGGGACGUGCAGUUUUUGCCAGUGGCAGUCCUUUUGAUCCAGUUACUCUUCCAAAUGGACAGACCCUAUAUCCUGGCCAAGGAAACAAUUCCUAUGUGUUCCCUGGAGUUGCUCUUGGGGUUGUAGCAUGUGGACUAAGGAACAUCACAGAUAAAAUCUUUCUCACUACUGCUGAGAUUAUAUCCCAGCAAGUAUCCAAUAAACACCUUGAAGAAGGCCGACUCUAUCCUCCUUUGAAUACUAUUAGAGAGGUUUCCCUGAAAAUUGCAGAAAAGAUUGUGAAUGAUGCAUACCGAGAAAAGACAGCCACAGUUUACCCUGAACCACAAAACAAAGAAGCAUUUGUCUGCUCUCAGAUGUAUAGCACGGAAUAUGACCAGAUUCUCCCUGAUUGUUACUCUUGGCCUGAAGAGAUCCAGAAUAUACAGACCAAAGUUGACAAAUAGCAAAAUAGAUGAAAUUUUAAACUUCUGUAGUGAUAUCUUGAAGAGUUUCAUAGUUUUUAAAAGUUGGAAUCUUUGAUCAUAAUAUGCUUAGACCAAGAUAGUUUUUAACAAUCUAAAAAUUUAUGCAAGAUUAGUAUAAAUUAGGAUAAACUUUAUACUAGAUAAUUUUGCUUCAUUUACCUUUUGGUUACCUUAUGGUUUCUAUCUUAGUUAUUUUGCCCAAAUGCUCUUUAAAUGCUGUUACACCUACUACUGAGAAAUUAAUCUUUUUAUAUAAGAAACUAAUGGGAAGACCAAAAUUAUUAAUAAAUUAGUAUGAUCAACAUUAAAACUCAAAAUUCUUUUACUGACCAUUUUGUUAAAAUUCACUUUUUUUAAAGGUAGAAAUGAAUUUAGGCAUAUGUGAACUUUUUCUAAACAGAACGGUACUUUGUUGCCUAGAGAAAAAUAACUUCUGUUGUAUUUUUAUUGCAGUCUUAGGUUAUAUUUAUUCUUUUUGUGUAACUGAAUUCUAACAUUUCUAAGAAAGAUUACUGCUGUUUACUACCUUGAGUCACCUUAAAUUUUAGUGUUCUUUUGCCAUUGUAUCUUAUAAAGUAGAGCUCUUGAUACCUUCAUCCUCAAUCAGAAGUCCUUACUAAAAGUACCUUUAUUUUCCCCUGAUCAAAUGCUACUCCCUAUGUUACCAUUCUGUUGCUGAGGCCCAUGUAGGCUGUGGCCCCUAUCCAGAGGUGGGUAUCUCAGGUCAGCACAACCUGGGCUGUAAGAAGGGCUAAAAGGAGAAUCAAGAUCCUAGGGAAGGAACUGCCCUACAAAGAUCUCAGGAAGCACAGAAUAGGCAAUGGUUUCCAGACAAGCUGGCUAUCUGUUUGAGUGACCUGCCCUGAUGCCCCUUUGAUUGACUCGGAUACGUGAGAGCUCACCGUGUUACAGUAAGUUUACUCACUUUUGGCAACUUUUAGAAAAAGUUUUGUAUCUGUCCCCAAUAUCAGAAAUUAUCUGUCAUUACUAAAAUAUUUUAGUUACCAAGGCCAUUCCAUAAGAAUGAACAAUUAUACCCCAAAUUGUAUUUACUUUAUAUAUUAAUGAAUUCAAUAUUUUUUUGAGACAGAAUCUCAUUAUGUAUUCCAGGCUGGCCUUGGA